GGUUGGACGUUUAUACAGCGGAGAUAUGACGGUUCUGUACCAUUUAACAGAUCGUACGAUGAGUAUGUGAAAGGAUUUGGUAAUUUCUCCGGAGAGUUCUGGCUCGGCCUCGAAAACAUGCAUCUUCUGACGACACAAGAAUCAUACACCCUGAGAGUAGACAUGGAGACAUCGAACACCAAAUUUUACUACGCCAUGUACAAUGAGUUCCGAAUCGAAAACGAGACCGAGGGAUACAGUCUCCAAUAUGGCAACAUGACAGCUGGUAACCUUGGUGAUGGAUUAUCCACCGCUAAAGGCCGCCCCUUCAGCACACGUGACCGUGAUCGUGACAACUGGGGCUAUGGUAACUGUGCCCAAUUUUAUCACAGUGGCUUCUGGCUUGAUCGUUGU